AUUCAGCUCAGCUUCAAUAACGAGAACAUCGCUUCAAUUCUUUUUCCUGCACGGACAAAUUUCAAUAAUUUUGAUCCAAAAUGACUAAUCAAACUAUGGAAGAGAUUUGUGACAAUUAUUUCGCAUCGAUGAAUCCAAUAGCUUACAAAAUUAUAGAAGAAAAGAGGAAAUGCAUGGAGAAAAACAGGAGGAAUUGGGAGAGAUUGACGCAAGCUGAGAAGGACUCGCUCCUCGACGAGUGGUUUAUUGACCCCGAUUUAAAAAUUAGGUAUGAAAUUCGUCUUCAGGGCCAACUCCCAAGCAAUAAAGAAGCCCCGCCGGAAAGUUUUCCGCGGUUGAAUAUCCAAGGAGGAACGAAGACUGUCCAAUAUACUGAGCAUGAGGAUGGGUCGCAAAGCAAAGGAAACACAAUUACAUGGAAGGAUGAGUUUUCAGGGCCCUUCUUAUGGGAGACUAAGUGUCAACAGGACCUACCCAUGAUGUCCCCUGGAUCUAUCACAGCACAAUCAACAAGGAAUGGAGAAUAUCCAGAGAACAGAUUCUCUCUCGCUCUUGAUGCCAACGAUGAGAGCCAGCUCAUUGUUAACUCUACAAAGUCCAAGGGGAAGGACGGUAAACGGGCACCGGAUCCAGCCGAGAAACCUGACAAGACAAAACUCAGCAGGAAGGAUUCUAAGAAAGAGGAGCGUGCCAAGGAGAAGGAGAGGGCCAGGGAGAAGGAGAACCAGAAACGAGAGUCUCCUGUCCCCAUAGUCCAACAGCAACCGAAGAUCGGUCAAUCUCCUCUUGCCGAUAUGAACCAGAUCAUGAUGGACAAGAAUGGAAAGGGACCAAAGAAAGAGAAGACAGAAAAGGCCAAAUCACCAAAGGCCCCUAGAGGACGUGGCUCGGGUAAAGCCUCGCCUAGGAGGGAAGGCAAGAAAGAGAAAAACUUUGACCUGGAGGGGCUCCUUCCUGCAUCUGAUCCAAAGGAGGAAAGGUCCCUAGAAGGAAUCAACUUUUCAAUGUCUGGAUUGGAGACAACGGAAAGUGAUGGACUGUUGUCAUCGACCUCAACUACUGGAGGCCUCACCUCUGGACCUUCGGGAUCGGUGCAGCAUACCCCUGUGCCAUCUUCACCACCACCCUCUUCACCUCCUGCUUCAGCAGCAAGUGCUGGAAGUGAUCAGGCUUCUGCUUCAGAAGGUGGCGGAGGAGCCGAAGGAGAGGAAGGGGCUUCCUUCGAUUUCUUAUUAGCAUGGUAACCAACCAUCCACCGAUGACAGCUAGGGCUGGAUCAGCUAAGGAUUAAAGAAAUAACAUUAAUGGUUAUGAAAAGCCAUGUAACUUGUAACUUUAUCUUGAGCUUUGCCAUGAAUAUUUGUAAUGUACAUGUACAGCUUCAUGUUUUAUGUCGCCAUAUGAAAAGAAUGAACUUGCUGGCUCCAAGUAGUUUUUUUUUUGUUCAAAGUGAAAUGCCAACAGGGUAGUAUCAUUUGAAAUACAUGUAUAGGCCAAAAUGGGUGUUCUAAAUGUAUUACUGCCUUCCAAUGGCAUAAGGAAGUAUUAAAGUAAUGUAUUUGAAUUAUUAGUAUUUUCUUAUUGCACUCUUUUUUGGGUUCAAAUUUGCAUUUGUUUUUGCGACACAAAGAAAGAGCAACAUUUGUGAUGCUCAAGCAACUCUUUUUAUAGACUGUUGUUACAAGUUCACUGUGGUCAGAUGUAUGACAUCACACAAUCUUAGUUCGUGCUGAUGGGUUGUUUUUUUCUUUGGAUCAGGCAUGCUUCCGAGAUCUUCAAGGAUGUAGAGCUAAAUGUCCUUCAUAGAUUCAAAAGGAGAAUUGUUGAGCCAUUUGCUACUAAAGCAGCUUUUCCAUUUUGGGCAUGAACUGCAGAUUCUACAUAGACCGUGUUGAUUGUAAGAGAACAGCCUAUUACAUGUACUGUAUGUGCAUCUCUUGAUAAGAGAUAUGUUGUGCAAGAUGUAGUUUUUCAUUAACAUUCGUGUAAAUCAGAGAUAAAUUUUGCUCUUUGGUUGGAAAUAUCACAUUUCUCACUUACUUCCUUUUGCCAUUAGACUAUAAAAAAAUAAGUGUUUCUCCUGAGGAGAAAUCAAGGCAUAUCAAGUUAUAUAAACAAAUUAUAAAAGAAAAUUGCAAGAGGGGAUGAGAAACAUUUU